UAGCAACUGUCUCAGACGGCACAGUUGUCUUGAGAAAAGUGCGGCAACUCGGGAUUCUCGGGGGCAAAUUUGGACUCCAAAACUAUAUUUAUCCGAAUUCAAUUUCAAGUUUCAGUGGAGAAGAAAUGUUCACCAAAGAGAAGGAUGGUAGUUGUGCAGUUUGUGUGCCCAGCGGAGGGCCGAAGAAGCAAAAAGAAACAGAGGAACGGGGUUAUUGGAGUACGAAAACCGAAUUCAUCCUGACGGUGAUGGGGGCUAUCAUUGGACCGGGCAACGUGUGGAGAUUUCCUUAUCUGUGCUACAAAAACGGCGGAGGUGUUUUUUUCAUUCCGUACGUUUUGUUCAUGGUGACCUGCGGGAUCCCGUUGUUCUUCCUCGAGACCGCCAUGGGGCAGUACACAAACCAGGGGGGUAUUACGUGUUGGAAGAAGAUCUGCCCACUUUUUCAGGGCAUCGGCUAUGCGAGUCACCUAAUCAUUGUAUUCGGCGCCACAUCCUACAUUACUAUCAUCGCGUGGGCCUUCUUUUAUUUGUUCUCCUCCUUCAGCGUGGACUUGCCUUGGGCCACGUGUGGAAAUGACUGGAACACAGAGUCAUGCAUGGACGUCAGCAUUGCAAAUCAGAGCCUCAGCGUGACACAAAGGCAGAACACCACUCUGCCUGUUGUGGAGUUUUGGGAGCGCAGAGUGCUGAAGAUCUCUGGUGGUAUUGAGGAGGUGGGAAGCUUGAGGUGGGAGCUGGUCUUGUGUCUCAUCCUGGCAUGGGUCAUCUGCUACUUUUGCAUUUGGAAGGGGAUCAAAUCCACCGGGAAGGCGGCCUUCUUCACAGCAACCUUCCCCUACGCUAUGUUGCUGAUUUUACUCAUACGUGGUGUGACGUUGCCUGGGGCAAAGGACGGGAUGAUGUACUACAUCUACCCUAAUGUCACGCGUCUAUCAGAUCCGCAGGUGUGGUUGGACGCCGGCACUCAGAUCUUCUUCUCUUACGCGAUCGGCCUCGGGUUCCUGACCUCUCUUGGCAGUUACAAUACGUACAACAACAACUGUUACAAGGAUUGUUUCUACUUGUGUUUGCUGAACAGUGCCACCAGUGUUGUGGCAGGCUUUGCCAUUUUCUCCAUCUUGGGGUUCAUGACCUACGAGACCGGCAUUGACAUUGCAGAAGUGGCAGAAUCAGGUCCAGGGCUGGCCUUCAUUGUUUACCCGCGUGCUGUAGCAAUGAUGCCCAUGCCGCAGGUGUGGGCCGUGUGUUUCUUCCUUAUGAUCAUUCUACUCGGCUUGGACAGUCAGUUUGUCGGUCUGGAGUGUCUGAUGACAUCCCUGGUGGAUCUUUACCCAUCUUACCUGCGUCAAGGCUACAGACGUGAGCUGGUCCUGCUGGCCAUCUGUACCGUUAGCUGUCUGCUGGGACUCACUCUGGUGACGGAGGGAGGGAUGUACCUGCUCCAGCUGGUGGAUUUCUAUAUGUGCAGUGGGACCACUUUGCUCCUCCUCUCCAUCAUCCAGUCUGUCAGCAUUGCUUGGGUCUAUGGGGCCGAGCGUUUCUAUGGGAACAUCAAAGAUAUGAUUGGCUAUCGUCCUUCUCCAAUGAUGAAGCUCUGCUGGUGCUACUUCACUCCUUGUUUAUGUUUUGGCACCUUCAUCUUCUCCAUCGUUCGAUACUCUCCCUUGAAGUUCAGCAGCACUUAUGUUUAUCCGCUGUGGGCCAACAUUCUGGGCUGGUUCUUGGCCACCAUCUCCCUCUCCCUCAUACCACUCUUUGUGCUCUACAAGCUCAUACACGGAGAGGGGACCCUUCGUCAGAGAUUCCUAUUGCUGUGCCUUCCUGAGGACGACCUGAAAUGUCUACCCUCGCUGGGAGACAAAGUCGUCGCUCCCCUCACCGAACUGAAAACUUUGUCCCAGGACGUGGAAGUCACCAAGUGAGCAAAGUGCACCAACUCAACAAAAGGGGGACUACAAAAUGCAAGUAGUUUUCACGAAACAACAGAGACUUCAAUUCAGUGCAAGCCCAUUGAAGGAAAACACUCCUUGAUUAAAAAGUGUGAGAGGCCCACAUUUGAGUCGUAAAAAAACACAAUAAAGUGGAAAGGGUGUUAAGAAAUAUUAAUGCAGGUAACAGUUUGGUAUCCUAUUGAGGGAGUGAAUGUUUACAUUCUUGUCAGGGUUCGUUGAAGGUCGUGAAACAUGUUCAAAAUUUCCUGACAACAACAA